GUUGGCAGCUGAGAGUGGCUUUGGUUGGGACCGUAUCGGAAUGAAAGUUGUUGCCCCAGAUGCCGUUUGGGAAUCAUUUGCGGAGCGUCGUAACACGGAUGCACUCAUAUGGAGAGACAAACACUUUCCAUAUUAUGAUGAUUUAUUUGCAUUGUAUGAAGGACGGUAUGCUGAAGGAAGGAAUAGGCGUGGCAUGGACUAUUAUGCAGAUAGGGAUAAAGAACCAUCACAAACCAAAUUUGCAGAAUCACAAGGGACCAAUGAUUAUGAUGGAUCACCCUCACCUAAUAUAAAUGCUGCUGAUUUUCCCAUUGAAGAAGAAGGUGAGAAAGACACUUCUGAUUUUCCCCAGCAGCAAUGCCCAUCAAGGCGCUCCACACAAAUGAAUUCUCAGUUUGUGAAAACACCGGAAAUGUGUGGAGCAAGACCCACAAAGAGGCAGAAAAAUAGUGAUUUUCAAGAGAAGUACUUGAAGCUCAAGAAAGAAGAAAUUGAACGGUUUGCAGCUAUUGAGGAGAAGAAGCUUGAGGAUCCCUAUAGCAUCAGUAGGUGUGUCACAACACUUGAACGUCUACCUGGUCUACAAAUGGCUGAUAUGGUGAUGGCUGCUGAUAUCUUCAAAAGCAAGGAGAAUAGAGAGCUUUUCCUAUCAUUUUCUACGGAUGAACCAAGGUUAGCCUGGCUCAAAAGGCAGAUUGGGCAUAUCUAAACAUAUUACUUGCAGGCUGCUAGGUAGUAUUUUGGCAUAGCACUUAAGAUGCGUGGAGUCUUUUGUUGGACGCAAACAAAGUGUGUGGCUAGCUAGGUUGUAUUUUGGUAGAAUUACUUGAAGUAGAAAGCUGAACUAGGGAGUAGAAGUACGUGGCUGGGUAAUAUUUUGGUAGAACUACUUGCUGUAGAAAAUGAAAGAGCAAGCAUGUAGUAGUUGCAGAAAACGAACAUGGCAUCUAGUACUUUGCUUUAAUGAAUAUUACAAUUUCGACAUGCCAUAAUCUUGGUUUGCAGUACAUUUUUUUGCCAUACAUUUGUUUGCGGUACACGUUACAAUGCAUAUAUCAAGCUCUUCUUGCAAUAUAGUCCUCCCACAGUUUAUCUGCUAUAUAAUCCCGUAGGUGGUUUCCUGCUUCUCUUGUGUUAUUGAAUGCUCCAACAUCACUAGUGUAGUUUUCAUCUCCCGUGGGCACGUCCACAAUUAGAUGUGGGUCAAUAUCUGGAGUGUCAUUGUUGAGCCAUGAGACAUCUCCAUCAUGAA